CUUACCGUUUGAACCAUCUAGGGACACUGAUAUCGUAAACGCGGACGUACGACAAGAAAAUGUAUUGCCAUUUUAUUGGCAACAAAGUUGACGAAAAAGCACGACACGAAUAUAGGAAUAUUAAAUAACAUGUGCUUUAAAUACGAAUUUUGAAAACACGUGUUAAAAUUUUGAUUCACAUGAAAUACAUGAAAAGGAUACAGUUGUAACAAAUUUUAAUUUUUUUCUUAGAAAAGUGUUAUACGUGUAUUAUGCAAUAAACAACACAAUUAAAUGCAAAUUUGCUUCGCAGACUUUACGUCUAAAGCAUUUUAUAAUGUAGAUUUAAUAUGUAAAUUAGCGACGACGUAUUUUAAGUGAAUUAUUAUGCAUUGUUUCUACAUAGAAACUAAAUAAGUAGAGACAUCCGGAUGGGACUAAAAUAUUCAUAAUUCUGAAGAUUUUUACUUUUAAAAAAGAUGUUUGAAGAUAAAUUAGAUUUUUCAAAUUUAUGACUAAGUAUUGUAUGACAGCAUUUUUGCGCGCGGAAAUUGAAGAAAAUAUCAGGAAUACUCGAGAUUAAUUUAGGCAGUGCUUGACAACAAAGACUUAUUGUGUAGAGGUAUUAAGUAUGGCACCCGGAUCAGUUACCACGCCGGUUUUGGACGAGAAAUCACAAGUGAUAGAAAAGCCUAAAGAAGAACAUGAGCGUGAGACUUGGGAUACAAAAAUAGAAUUUCUCUUGUCGGUUGUCGGAUUUGCUGUCGAUCUUGGCAAUGUUUGGCGGUUCCCAUACAUCUGCUAUAGGAAUGGAGGAGGCGCGUUCCUUAUUCCUUACCUGGUUAUGUUGGUAUUUAGUGGCUUUCCCUUGUUCUACAUGGAACUGGCGCUAGGACAGUAUCAAAGAUGCGGAUGUAUUACUGUGUGGAAGAGAAUAUGUCCCGUAUUUAAAGGUAUUGGACUUGGAAUCUGUAUAAUUGCCACAUACGUUUCUUGGUACUACAAUACGAUAAUCAGCUGGGCCCUAUUUUAUUUCUUUUCAUCGAUGAGGGCGGAAGUGCCGUGGAAAACGUGCAACAAUACGUGGAACACCGACAUGUGUCUGGAUAGUGAAGCAAGACGCGCCUUUUAUGCAAGGAAUAGGAAUAUGUCUGAUGAAGAAUUAAAGGAACUAAAAAAGAACUACACGACCCCCAACGAAGAAUUCUUUGAGAAAGAGGUUCUAGGUCUUACUGACGAGUACAAUAUAGAUCAUUUAGGUCCAGUUAGAUGGCAGCUAGCAUUAUGUUUAAUGGGCGUUUUUACCAUCGUGUAUUUCGCAAUGUGGAAAGGAGUGAAAAGCUCUGGAAAGGCGGUAUGGAUAACAGCAACUAUGCCCUACGUUGUUCUGAUAAUAUUACUUGGUGUUGGAAUAUCAUUAGACGGCGCAGGAGACGGUAUCAAAUAUUUCAUCACUCCAACUUUCGCAAGACUAGGUGAUUAUAAAGUGUGGGUAGACGCAGCCGCACAGAUAUUCUUCUCUCUCGGGCCUGGAUUUGGCGUGCUUCUUGCCCUAUCAAGCUACAAUAAGUUCUCGAACAACUGUUUCAGGGAUGCACUUAUAACCAGUGGAAUAAAUUGUGGAACCAGCUUUCUCGCUGGUUUUGCUGUAUUCUCUGUCCUUGGUCAUAUGGCUUACGUGCAAGACACGGAUAUUGAAAACGUUGCACGGGAAGAUGUUGGUUUAAUAUUUAUCGUGUACCCGGAAGCGAUAUCAAAUCUGAAAGGGUCAAGUGUGUGGGCAGUGAUUUUCUUCUUCAUGCUAAUCACUCUUGGUUUGGACACAACGUUCGGUGGUUUGGAAGCUAUUGCAACAGGGAUACUAGACGAGUGGCCUUUCCUCAGAAAGCGACGUGAGCUUUUUAUACUUGGACUUAUGUCGUACUGCUUUCUAGGCAGUCUUGCAACAACCACAUAUGGUGGAAUUUACUUGGUACAAUUACUUGACACAUACGGUGCUCCAAUCAGCAUCUUGUUUAUAGUGUGCUUGGAAUCCAUCGCUGUUACCUGGAUUUACGGGGCCACACGCUUCAGUCAUGACAUAGAAGCAAUGCUCGGACCAAAAUCUAGUUCAUACUGGACAUUCUGGAAGACAUGUUGGAUGUUCAUAGCUCCAGCCAUAUUAUUGUCGCUGUUCAUCAUGACGUUAGUAAUAGCACCAGUCCCACAAUAUAGCAAUUAUGAGUACCCGGAAUGGUCCAUUGCAGUAGGCUGGCUGAUGGUUGUUUCAUCAUUGAUAUGUAUACCCGCGUAUGCUAUAUACAAGUUUUUGAUAACACCAGGAUCUGUUGUCGAGAGAACAAGAGCGAUAAUAAUACCAGAGGAAUCUCCGCAGCAUAUUGAAGAGUUGCGGGUCUUUGUAUGAGGGCACAACUUACCUCACUGAUUUAGGAAUUUAAGAUUUUAAAGCAGUUUGAAUAAAAUUUAUUUCCUUGUUAUUCUAUCAUGUAUUUAGGAAGAUUUGUGUAGGAUUACAACUCGCUUUGAAUAAAAUUUCAUUUCAUUCCGAUCUUAAUAAUGUAUUUAGGUAUUUAGAAUUGUAAAGCGCUUUGAAUGAAUAUUAUUUUUUUGUGCUCUUGAACAUGUGUUUCGGAAUUGAGAAUUUUAAAGUACUUUAAAUGAAUAAUUAUUAUGUCUCCCACAUGUAGUUGGGGAGACAUAUUGAUUUAUUGCUGUCCAUCCGUCCGUUCGUCCGUAUCCACGCAACUCCUCUGACAUCACCAGGUCUAUUUACGCCAAACUUCUCAGAGAUGGUCAUUGUCAAGCAUAUUUGUGCUUUUCGUCAGCAUUUUCUGGUUUAAUGAUUUUUAGUGGAGUUAUGGUACUUGAUUCAUCAAAUCGUGCGAUGUUUGGGCCAUUUUUCUUAUAUUAUAUUGGGCAGAUUUCCACCAAACCUUACAAGAGUAAUAAGUGCAAAACCUAAUUGUGCGAAUUGUCGACAUUUUCCGGUUUAUUGAAUUUCAGCAGAUUUAUGGCCCUUGACUCAUCAAAUUUUAUGAUGUUUUAGCAACUCUCUUAUAUCGUUUUUGGCGGAUUUCAACCAAAUCUUACUACAGUGAUCAGUACCAAACCUCAUUGUACAUAUUAUUGGUAUGCUCCGGUUCAGCGAUUUUCAGUGGAGUUAUGGCCCUUGAUUUGAUGUAUUUUUACCUUGUCCCGGCAGCUGCUUUGAUAUCACUAGAAACCUUCACAAAAGUGGCAUGUACCAGUUCCGUGUUUUUCCAGCAGGCGUAUUGUCCUUGUUCCGUCAAAUCACAUGAUGUUUAGCUACUUCCCUUAUAUAAUAGGGCAGAUUUUUCAGAAAAGUUAAAAAUUGUGUCAGCUGGUAAUUUAGCUAAGGUAAUUUGUAAUUACUUUGUUCAUGGUAAAUAGCAUUCGCUUAGCAAUUUGUAAUAGAAGAAGCCGCACUCUUACAAAGGUAUAAAGCAUCAUUUGGUAAUUUAGCAAUGCUUAUGCAAAAAGAAGAUUUAUCAUUCAACAGUAUUAAUCAUAGUUUAAAAGUAUACUAGUCUCAAAGUUUAUGUAAUUAUAAAUCAACAGAUUUAUGUGUAAUAACAGCACGAUGCAUUAGGUUUAAAGUAGUGCACGUUUGUUGUAUAUAGCUUUUUACAGUUAUGUGUAAUUCCACAGUCAGCGCCAAAUAUUAUCAUCCUUAAUGUC